AUGGAACGGUUAAAGCGGCGUAAUGUAAGUUGUAGCCGUAUAAAUGACAUAUUGAGGUUUAGGAUACGGAUGAGAAGGAGCGUUUGUCGCAAGUCUUUGAAGAGUUCAAAGAAGAUUUUGAUGGCACCAAACUAAAAAUAGGAAAUGCUUUUGUCAGAGGCGAAAUCGUCAAUGCUGGCAAAACUGGUAAGGAUCUAAGUUUGUUUCACUAACUCAAUCAAGACUAUGGUUCUUAUAUGUUUAAAAUUAAUUUAUUUCAAAAUAAUCUUGUUUUGAGUUUGUUAUCUAAAAUUUAAGAAUCUGCGCCAUUGUCAGUAGUGACCAAGCCGGUAGACCCGGAGAAAGCAAAAGAAAUUGCGAGUAAGAUUGGUCAAAGGAUAAUAUUGGAAGCCAAGCAGAAGAAGGUAGCUUCUCAGAUUCAGCUGGGUGGUGGAAAUGUGGUUGAGGACGGAGCAAAAAGACCCCCGAAGCCGGGUACUAAAAAGGAGACCAGCACGCGGAAGAGCAAUCUGGAGGCAUUCAAGGAGGAGUUGAAACAGUGAGAUAAUAUUAUCAAAGUCGUUCAAUGAAGAACCCGCUUUUGCGGUGUUUUUAUUUAUCUGCAGGAUUCAAGAGUUGCGUCAAGAACGUCGCCAGCAGCUCAAGUCCAAGUUCGGUGACAGUGCGGCCGCGGAGCGUUUGGUCCAAGAGUCCUUUAGCAUUGGUCAUAGUGAAUUUGACACAGACCCAAACACUACCAAUUUGUACUUGGCUUCACUGGAUCCCGACGUAAGUUGGAACACUUUUUAUGGGAGUUUAAUGUUUAGAUAACACUGGAUGAUUUGUAUGACACGUUCGGCAGUUUCGGACCGUUGGCUUCGGCCAAGAUUCUGUAUCCGAAACCAGAAGAAAUGAGGAAAUGUCCUUUAUUGAGUGGAUUCGUGGCUUUUAUGUCACGGACAGACGCUGAACGAGCUAUGGAAGUGAUGCCAGGAGCUAAAAUACGCACGUCUUGUAUUAGAGCAUCGUGGGCUAAGCCUAUCAUUGUUCCGUCAGUUGUAAGUAGUAUUAGAUAUUGAUAACGUGGCUUUUAUAAUAUAUGAUACCUAAAACUACUUGCUAAUUUUUUGAAACAAGCUUUUAUUUUAUUUAUGUAAAAGUAAAUUAUUGUAAAGUGACAUGUUGUUCAAAGUAUUUAUAUACUUAUUUUAGCCUUUUUUUAUACCACAAUGUUUACGAGAUUUUUCUAUGCCGGAUCCGCCUUCUGGAUUGCCUUUUAAUGCUAAACCAGACAAAUACGAUCUUAGAAGGUUUCUAAAGAAGUAUGAGAAGGUUCCUCGACUGACAGAACUGGCAGAAAUGAGCGAGGAAAUGCGAAAAGCUUACGACAAAGUGGGUUUUUAACGAAUAUUGCAUAUUUUAGGUAUUUAAAAAGUCUUUUUAUUACCUAUUAACUUAUAUUUUGAUUGUUGGAAGUUAUGUUGAAAAAUUUGCUAAUUAUCAAUGUUUCAGAUGGUCAGAAACGCUGUAGUAAGAGUAGUAACACCAACCGAAAAGUAAGUCUAAUAUUGUUGUUGUAUUUUACUUUUAGGCCGUUACUCUUCUUGAUUCAUCGUGUAAUCGAGUUUUUGAUUCGAGAAGGACCAAUGUUCGAAGCAUUGAUAAUGAAAAGAGAACGAACUAAUCCUAUGUACAGGUAAGCAUUAAGUUUUAAUAACAGAAGAAUGUGACGUUUAUUUGUUAUAAUAGUGUCUUAUUAAUUGGGAGCAGCUAAACUAAUUUAGAAAUUGAAUAUAAAUAGUAAAAAAAUGUUUAUUUAGAUUUUUAUUCGACAACACCCACCCGACUCAUGUGUAUUAUCGAUGGAGACAGUAUUCAGUGCUGAAUGGAGAAGACCGGUUCAACUGGAGUUUAAAGAGGUUCAAGAUGUUCGAAGGUGGAAGUUGGUGGGAACCCCCUCCACAUUCUCUGCUUGGAGCUGGUAUGCCUCCACAAUUGUACAAAAAGGCUUACAAGAGCAGAGAAGUCGAAGAAAGAAGAAGACAAAAGUCGAAAAGUCCUGAAACUGUAAGUUAUUACCUAAAUUUUUUGAAUUCUUACUUUAAUUGUUACCUAAAGUUUUUGAGUGUAUUGAACAAUCUUUAUAAGGGCUUUUGAUUAAAAAUGUAAAAAAUGUUUUAGCCCGCUAAAGACAAACGCGACAGUCCAGAGACAAAAGAAGAUGCAGAACCAGAGAAGGUCAGAGGAGUUUUGUCAGAAAAGGAGUGGGAUGAGCUUCAGGACUUGCUGAGAGAUUUGAAACCUGAAAGAACGGCGAUUGGAGAUGCAAUGCUUUGGUGUGUUGAUCAUGCUGACUGUGCUAAAGAGAUCUCGGAGUGUUUAUAUCAAAGUCUCACUAUCAAAGAAACACCGUUGCAUAAAAAGGUAGAUUUUAUGUUGUUUGACUUUCAUUUUUAGGUAACAAAACUGUCUUAUUUUUGAUAGAAUACUUUUGAGAAUGUUUAGUUGCUCGUACAAACCCAGUGCGGUCGAACUAAGUUAACUUAUUUUAGAUAGCACGGUUAUACCUUAUUGCUGACAUUUUGGCGAAUUGUGGUAUACGAGUGACUGACGUCUUCAAGUAUCGACAUUGUUUUGAAGAACAUCUAACUGCCAUUUUCACAUCGUUGAAUGAAACUUUGGAAGGAAUCGAAAGCAGGCUGAAAGCAGAACAGUUCAGACAAAGAGUUAUGUUAUGCUUCAGGAACUGGGAGGACAACUCUAUUUAUCCUCGAGAUGUUCUCAUUAAUCUACAGAAUAUCUUCUUGGGGUUAGUCAAGGUAAGAAACGUUUAUUUAUAUUGUUAUAAUGGUUUAGGUUUGGCUUCACUGCUUUAGGCAACAAACAUAUAUUAUUAUGUCCUUCAACUUCAAUUUUAGGUUGGUCAACCAAAGAGCCACAGCGACGAUGAAGAUGAUGUUGAUGGUAUUCCGUUGAACUCUGUAAUGCCAUCAACAUCAGAAACUGAUAACAAGGCAGAAAGUGAGGAAGAGGAUGAUGAUAUAGAUGGAGUCCCUUUACAAGCAGAACCAAUAGAAGAUAAAACACAAGAGCCGGAUAAAGUGAACGUUAUUGAGGUAUCUUGUUAAUAUAUUUUAUUAUUUAUGCGUUGUAGGAGGUUAUGGACGAUGUCUCAUCGAAAUGGGACGUGAUUGAGCAUGAUACGGUGGUGGAAGAAGCUAAGAAUGAACCAAAAGGCUUCUUCAAGCCUUUAAAAGAAGUUUCUGAACCAUUGGAGCAGCCUAAACGAACUGAGAGUCAAGAAUACUCGGAUAGUCUAAACAAGUCUUCAGCAUGGGAAGAGGAACGACGACGGCUUUUGAGGGAUAUUGAGGUAAUCUUUUAUAUUUUAUGUUUUAUUGUUUUUAACUUGACUUUGAUGCAUAUCUUGAUGGUUUUUUAAAGAUUGUUUGUUUUUUAUUAAUUUUUUAUUAUUUACAGAUGAAGGUAGUGGAAUAUCAAGACGAAUUGGAGAGCGAUUUGGCUUCAAAUGUAGAUCAAAGGCUGUCUGAUUAUCGCCAGAAGCUGAUACAAAAGAUGGAUCGGGAUUUGGCGACAUUUGAGGAAGGAGAACUGAUGAGAGAUAAGAAAAGUGAAAAGAAAAAAGAAGAACAAGAGAUCAAGGAGCAGAUCGAGCAGCAGAACAAGGUCAAGACGCUCAAGGUCGAGAAGUCGGCAGAGAUCACGAAGUAGAUCUGAUAGUAAAGAGAGAAGGCGUGACUCUAGGAGGAGGAAGGAUUCUCCCUCUAGGUAAGCUUUUUUUGGAUUUAUUUGAAACGAGGAUGUUAUAGUGAUGUUUUUGAAUGAAUAGUUUAUUCAGAUAUUUUUACUUUGAACAUACUUUUCAAAACUAUGACAAUUAACUGCAGUUUCUUUUCACUAUAAGUGUCUGCAUGAGUUCUAAAAAUAGGUAGUCAACAAGGUUUUGUUCUGAGUCAUAACUCUUACUCCAAAAGGAAUUCAGAUUUACGGAAGUGCGCUUUGAACGAAUGCGUUUUGUGUUUUUUGAAUGAAUUAAAGUGGAAAAUUAGAAUUUAUCAGUUUUUAGUUUGCGUGACCGAAGGGAAACUGGAUCCAAAACAAUUAGUUUAUGCAGUUAAGGGUUCCGUUGACUAAGCACUUCUUAAUUGCAAAUUUGUAAUUGUUUUCUCUGUUUGCAAAGUUUUAUACCUAAAAGAAGAAUAUUAAACUAAACUUUAAUCUAAUUUACUGAAUUUAGGCAUCGGAGGAAUCGAAGUUCGGAACGGGAGCGAAGACGGCGUUGA